AUGUCUUCCCGUCGUUCUUAUAGUCUAAAUUCUCUCCUCGCCUUUCUCUCUUCUUCUAGUGAUAAAUCCCUCUCGGAUUCACGAAUUAAAAAUGUGGUACAUACACGUUUACGCUCGCCUGACCAGGCAAGAAAGGCUCUCCAAGACAUUCGGUACUUCCUGAAUAAUUUUUUUAUUGUUACUCUAGCUUACGAUGCCAAAGAGCCAUCCAUCCUUAGCGAACACAAUACAGGCAAAGAGGCAAAGCUGGUCUCUAGGCGGAGUAGGAAAACAGCUAAUAUACUCAGUAAGCGUAUUGUUAUGUCAGAUUCGCUAGAUAACAUGAGUCGGUUAAGCUUCGAUGAAUCGGAUGGGGACUUUAUAGGUAGGUAA